AUGAACCCGGCCUCAGAGUCUUUUCUCCUGUUUCUCUCCUCAGUAUCGGAUGCAGACAGCAGUGAAGGAGGCUUCCAGCUAAAAAAGGAACAUGCCCUGCGAGUACUGGGCUACAUCGGCUCCUGGACACAGAGGCAAUGUCUCUGCUGCUUCAAGGAGUACAAGCACCUGGAGGUCUUUAAUCAGCUGGUCUACGCCCUCAUCAACCUGGUCAUCGCUCAGAUCAGCAGCCUGAGAGACCGUCUCUGCAGCGUCCAGGACCACACCCAUAAAGGGGACGUGUCUGGGGCCGAGGGUGUGGGGUCUGAAUGGAGCGGGACAGAGUCUGCGCCUGGGCCCCUCCCUCAGCCGUCCUCGCCUGGAGAGGACGAACCCGUGAAUGUGGAGAGAGACUCUGCCGAAGAGGACGCAGACACUCCCGACCUGAACCAGAAUAAGACCCAGAGCCAGGGUCAGGUGGACAACCAGCCGUCUGAAGCCCAGACGGAAGCACUGGGGCCCGGGGAGGGCAGCAGUGGGUCCGGGGGUGGUGAUGGUGGUGUCGGUGCAAACAGCAGCAAUGACAGCCAGGACCCAUUCAGCUCCUGGAGCACAGAGGAGAGGGAGAAAUUACUGUUAUGUGCCGCCAAGAUCUUCCAGAUCCAGUUCCCCCUCUACACAGCCUACAAACACAACACACACCCCACCAUAGAGGACAUAUCUGCUCACGAAAGCAACAUCCUCGGCUCCUUCUGCGACAUGAACGAUGUUGAGGUGCCUCUGCAUCUGCUGCGUUACGUCUGUCUGUUCUGCGGGAAGCACGGCCUCUCCCUGAUGAAGGAGUGCUUCGAGGCUGGCACUCCAGAGAGCCUCCCCUUUCCCAUCGCCCACGCCUUCAUCACCAUCGUCUCCAACAUCCGAAUAUGGUUGCACAUUCCUGCGGUCAUGCAGCACAUCAUCCCGUUCCGCACCUAUGUAAUACGGUAUCUGUGCAAACUGUCGGACCAGGAGCUGCGGCAGAGCGCGGCGCGCAACAUGGCCGACCUGAUGUGGAGCACGGUGAAGGAGCCGCUGGACAGCGCACUGUGCUUCGACAAGGAGAGCCUGGACCUCGCCUUCAAAUACUUCAUGUCCCCCACGCUCACCAUGAGGCUGGCAGGACUCAGCCAAAUCACAAACCAACUGCACACUUUCAAUGAUGUCUGCAACAACGAGUCACUCGUGUCUGACACAGAAACGUCCAUAGCAAAGGAGCUUGCUGACUGGCUGAUCCACAACAAUGUGGUGGAGCAUAUAUUCGGACCAAAUUUGCACAUUGAGAUCAUUAAACAGUGCCAAGUGAUCCUGAACUUCUUGGCUGCAGAGGGCCGACUCAGCACACAGCAUGUCGACUGUAUUUGGGCUGCAGCUCAGCUAAAACACUGUAGCCGUUACAUCCACGACCUUUUCCCUUCCCUCAUCAAAAACCUGGAUCCAGUGCCUCUUCGCCACGUGCUCAACCUGGUGUCAGGCCUGCACCCCAGCGCCCACACCGAGCAGACUUUGUACCUGGCCUCCAUGCUGAUCAAGGCUCUGUGGAACAACGCCUUGGCUGCCAAGGCCCAGCUCUCCAAACAGAGCUCAUUUGCCUCCCUGCUCAACACCAACAUCCCCAUGGGCAACAAGAAAGGUUCGCCAGCUGCCAGUCCGGACAGCAGUGACAACAGUGACACUCAACACAGUGGAGGCAGCGACAUGGAGAUGGACGACCAGAUGAUGAGUGGCAGCAAGAGGAGCCAGCAGAGGCUGUCUGACACAGAGGAGUCGAUGCAGGGCAGCUCGGAUGAGACGGCCAACAGUGUGGAGGAAGGCAGCAGCGGGCCGGGCAGCAGCAGCGGCCGCAGCGAGGCCUCCAGCAACGAAGCUGCCUCCAGCCGAGCCAGCCAGUCGGCUGGCAGCCCCGGCAGCGAGAUGCACUCUGACGACAUGGCGGACAGUGAGGCAUUAAAGGAGGAGGAGGAGGAGGACGAUGAAGAGGAAGACGAUGAGGACGAUGAUGAGGACGAUGAAGAGGACGAAGAAGAGGGAAACAGAUUGACUGCUGAAGGCGGGCAACAGAAGGAGCCCCGCGAGCAGACGGAGUCGAGGAAGAGGAAGGCGGGGGAGGCACUCGGUGAAGGUCCAAACCAGGGGGCAGGGCCCAGUGGUUCAGGGAGCGGUGCCAAGUCCAAGGUCCUCCCCUUCAACACAGAGACUUCUGCUGUCAUGGUUACAGCGUCAACGUCAUUGGAGGGCCGGAUGAGGAUGUUGGAUGCCUGUUCUACGUCUUCGUCCGCUCGGCCCGAGGGGACAGAGCCCCAGCAGCAGCCACCAGACAUCGGGCCCUCACAGAUGGUCCAGGGGCCUCAGGAGCCUCCGUGCCUCCCGCGGCCCGAGGACUUCCUGGGAGAGGCCAUGGGCAGUGAGCUCUUUAACUGUCGCCGCUUUAUUGGCCCCCAGCACCACCACCACCACCACCACCAUCAUCAUCACCACCAUCAUGAAGGUCCCAUGGUGGAGGACAUGCUGAGUGCUGACGACGUGAGCUGCAGCAGCUCUCAGGUCAGCGCCAAGUCAGAGAAGAACAUGGCUGACUUUGACGGUGAGGAGUCGGGCUGCGAGGAGGAGCUGGUCCAGAUCAACUCCCACGCUGAGCUCAGCUCCCACCUCCAGCAGCACCUCCCCAACCUGGCCUCCAUCUACCAUGAGCACCUGGUGCAAGGUCCAGCCGUCCAUAAGCACCAGUACUCCAGCAGCCACGCAGUGACUGACAUCAACCUAGACAAUGUUUGCAAGAAGGGCAACACUCUGCUGUGGGACCUGGUGCAGGACGAGGACGCGAUCCAUCUGUCUGAGGGUCUGAUUAAUGAAGCAGAAAAGCUGCUGUGUUCGCUCGUAUGUUGGUUCACUGACAGACAGAUCCGAAUGCGCUUCAUCGAGGGUUGCCUUGACAACUUAGCCCACCACAGGUCUGUUGUGGUUUCCUUGCGUCUAUUACCCAAGCUUUUUGGCACUUUUCAGCAGUUUGGCUCCAGCUACGACACCCACUGGAUCACCAUGUGGGCUGAGAAGGAGCUGCACAUGAUGAAACUGUUCUUCGACAACCUGCAGCACUACAUCCAAGAAGUCCGUGAACACCUGCACAAGUUUGCGCUUUACAGCCACAGCGCGGAGGUCCAGGUCCGUCUGCAGUUCCUCACCUGCGUCUUCUCCACACUGGGAUCUCCAGACCACUUCAGACUGAGUCUGGAGCAGGUGGACAUCCUGUGGCACUGCCUGGUGGAGGACGGCGAGUGUUACGACGACGCGCUGCACUGGUUCCUCAAUCAGGUCCGCAGCAAGGACCAGCACGCUAUGGGCAUGGAGACCUACAAACAUCUUUUUCUAGAGAAGAUGCCCCAGCUGAAGCCAGAGACUAUCAGCAUGACGGGCCUCAACCUCUUUCAACACCUCUGUAACCUAGCCCGCCUCGCCACCAGCGCACUGGACAACGCCUCCAGCUGUGAGCUGUGUGGGAUGGACCAGCUGUGGGGCAUCGCUCUGAGAGCUCAGUCUGCUGAUAUCAGCCGCGCCGCGAUCCAGUACAUUAACUCCUACUACAUCAACGCUGGUAAGACAGGCCUGGAGAAGGAGCAGGAGUUUAUCAGGAAGUGCAUGGAGAGUCUGCUGAUGGCUUCAGCCAACCUGGAGAAGGACGCCCACUCCAGCCUGACCAGCAUCGAGAGGGGGCUACUCAUGCUCAAAACACACCUGGAGGCCUUUCGACGCAGGUUUGCGUACCACCUGCGGCAGUGGCAGAUCGAGGGGACGGGAAUCAGCAGCCACCUGAAGGCACUGAGCGACAAACAGUCUCUGCCGCUCCGGAUCGUCUGUCAGCCCGCCGGCCUUCCUGACAAGAUGACGAUCGAGAUGUACCCCAGUGACCAGGUCGCAGACCUGCGAGCUGAGGUGACCCACUGGUACGAGAACCUGCAGAAGGAGCAGAUGAACCAGCAGGCUCAGCUGCAGGAGUUCGGCCAGAGCGGCCGGCAGUCGGGAGACUUCCCAGGUGGUUUAAUGGGACCAGUCAGGAUGAUCUCCUCUGGCCACGAGCUGACUACAGACUACGACGAGAAGACUCUGCAUGAGCUGGGCUUCAAAGACAUGCAGAUGGUGUUUGUGUCUCUGGGAGCUCCACGGAGGGAGAGGAAGGGGGAUGGCAUACAGCUACCGGCCUCCUGUCUGCCUCCUCCCCAGAAGGAGCACAUCCCCAUGCUGCUGCUCCUCCAGGAGCCGCACCUCACCACACUGUUCGACCUGUUGGAGAUGCUGGCCUGCUUCAAACCGCCCAGCGUCAACACAGAGAAGGACCAUGAAAACCCUGAGAGCAUGCGGUGUGAGGAGCUUCACCUCCAUGCAGAGAAUCUCUCUCGUCGGGUUUGGGAGCUGCUGAUGCUGCUUCCUACGUGUCCCAAGAUGCUGCAGGCCUUUCAGAACAUCUCUGACGAUGCGAAUGGGGAGGGACUGUGCUGGAAGGAGCUGCUGAGGAUUAAAAGUCCCCACAAGCUGCUGUACGCUCUGGAGAUCAUCGAGGCUCUGGGCAAACCCAACCGACGGAUCCACCGAGAGUCCACUGGCAGCUACAGUGAUCUGUAUCCAGACUCUGACGACUCCAGUGAAGAUCAGAUAGAAAACAGCAAGAACACCUGGAGCUGCAAGUUUGUUUCGUCUGGAGGCCUGCAGCUGCUCCUGGAGAUCUUCAACUCGGGCAUCCUGGAGCCCAAGGACCAGGAAUCCUGGACUGUGUGGCUGCUGGACUGCCUGGCCUGCCUGCUCAAGCUGAUCUGCCAGUUCGCGGUGGACCCUGCAGACCUGGACCUGGCCUACCACGACGUCUUCUCAUGGUCCGGCCUGGCCGAAAGCCAACGGAAGCGUGCAUGGCCUGGCAAAUCCCGCAAGUCCACCGUAGAGCACGGGAAAGGCCUCCACAUCCCUCGGCUGACUGAGGUGUUCCUCAGCCUCGUACAGGGUACCAACCUCAUCCAACGCUUGAUCAACGUGGCCUACACCUACGACAACCUCGCGCACCGAGUUCUGAAGGCUCAGUCUGACCACAGGUCUCGUCAUGAAGUGACUCACUAUUCCAUGUGGCUGCUGGUGAGCUGGGCUCACUGCUCCUCCACGGUGAAGUCCAGUCUGGCCGACAGCGAGCACCUUCAUGACUGGCUGAAGAAACUUACCCUGCUGGUGCCCGAGCCGGCUGUGAGACACGAGGCGUGUAACGGCCUCUACAAGCUCUCUCUCUCGGGUUUGGAGGGAGGAGAGUCCAUCAACAGAUCCUUCCUGCUGCUCGCCGCCUCCACGCUCCUCAAGUUCCUGCCUGACGCACAGGCCCUCAAACCACUGAGGAUGGAGGACUAUGAAGAGGAGCCUCUGUUAAGGACGGGCUGUAAGGAAUACUUCUGGCUGCUUUGUAAACUCAUCGACAACAUCCAUGUUAAAGACGCCAGCCAGACCACCCUGCUGGACCUGGACGCUCUCGCCCGACACCUCGCCGACUGCAUCAGGAGCCGUGAGAUCCUGGAUCAGCAGGACGGGACGAUCGAGGACGACGGGCUGACCGGCCUCCUGCGUCUCGCCACCAGCGUCCUCAAACACAAGCCCCCCUUCAAGUUCUCCCGUGAGGGUCAGGAGUUCCUGCGGGACGUCCACAACCUCCUCUUCCUGCUGCCAAGUCUGGCCGACCGCGCUCAGCCCAAAUGCAAGUCCCACGCUGCCCGGGCCGCCGCCUACGACCUGCUGGUGGAGACGGUGAAGGGCUCAGUAGAGAACUACAGGCUGCUCCACAACUGGGUCAUGUCGCAGCACAUGCAAGCCUCUCGCCCGUACAAGUGGGACUACUGGCCCCAUGACGAUGUUCGGGCUGAGUGUCGCUUCGUGGGUCUGACUAACCUGGGAGCAACCUGUUACCUGGCCUCCACCAUCCAGCAGCUCUACAUGAUCCCUGAGGCCCGCCAGGCUGUCUUCACUGCUAAGUAUGCUGAGGAUAUCAAACACAAGACCACGCUGCUGGAACUGCAGAAGAUGUUCACAUAUCUCAUGGAGAGUGAGAGGAAAGCGUACAACCCGCGGCCGUUCUGUAAGACCUACACCAUGGACAAACAGCCUCUCAACACUGGAGAGCAGAAGGACAUGACAGAGUUCUUCACCGACCUCAUCACCAAGAUAGAGGAGAUGUCCCAGGAGCUGAAAACACAGUGAAGACUCUGUUUGGAGGCGUCAUCACCAACAAUGUGGUCUCUCUGGACUGUGACCACGUCAGUCAGACUGCUGAGGAGUUUUACACAGUCAGAUGUCAGGUGGCGGAUAUGAAGAACAUCUACG